AAUAACUCAGAUAAAAUCUUCCCAUAUCUACUGAGUUUUAGAGCAAAUAUGAGUGAGCAACUUUCAAAUGGACCUUUGAGUGCAAAUUUCAGCAAGGCAAAGCCUUAUUUACUUAUGAUAUUCUUGCAAUUUGGUUCGGCUGGGAUGUACAUAAUCAGCAUGGUAACUCUCAACCAGGGCAUGAACCGUUACGUGCUUGUCGUGUAUCGUAAUGCCUUUGCCGCACUCGCACUUGCACCGUUCGCACUGGUGCUUGAGAGGAAAACAAGGCCGAAGAUGACAUUUUCAAUCUUCCUACAAAUAAUGACCUUGGGAUUUUUAGAGCCAAUCCUCGAUCAAGGCUUCGUUUACUUGGGAAUGAAAUACACAUCAGCAUCAUUUACAUCUGCAAUUAUGAAUGCUGUCCCUUCAGUCACCUUUGUGAUUGCACUCAUUUUUCGAUUGGAGCAUUUAAAUAUGAAGGAAAUACGCAGUAUAGCGAAGGUGAUUGGGACCGUGGUGACCCUUUCAGGAGCUUUACUUAUGACACUUUACAAGGGCCCCGUUAUUGAUUUAAUAUGGUCAAGGAACACAAGCAGCCAUGGGAGCAGCGACUCGUCUGAUAAACACUGGAUACCUGGGACACUAUUGAUCCUUGUCGGUUGUGUUGCCUGGUCCUGUUUCUAUGUUCUGCAAUCAAUUACCAUAAAGAAAUACACGGCGGAAAUCUCUCUUUCCUCCUUGAUAUGCUUGGCGGGUACCAUCCAGAGUUUGGCAAUUGCAUUGGCUGUAGAACAUCACCCUAGUGGAUGGGCUUUGGGCUGGAACGCUAGGCUUUUUGCUCCAUUGUACUCUGGUAUAAUUAGCUCCGGAAUUACAUAUUACGUGCAAGGUCUGGUCAUGAAAACAAGAGGCCCUGUAUUUGUCACUGCCUUCAACCCUCUCUGCAUGAUCAUCGUUGCAGCUCUCGGUUCCGCCGUUCUCGGCGAGCAAAUUCAUCUCGGAAGCAUCAUAGGAGGAAUCGUUAUCGCGAUCGGGCUUUAUUGCGUGGUGUGGGGUAAAGGCAAGGAUUUUUCCCCACCAUCUGCACCUGCAAAAGAUGAUUGUAACCAGCAAGAGCUACCCAUUUCUGAAAAAUAUUGUGCUACUUCCACUAAGCUUGACAUUGCCACAAUUGACGCUGUUCAGCAGAGUGGAAAGUAAAAAGAUGCCUUUUUUCCUGUGCUGUACUAAAUUAUCAAGCAUUUCCAUUAUUUGACUCUUCUCCGCAACUUGUUAAUGGAAAAACAACUUGGUAUGUUA